UGGCCGGCGGCGGGGCGCGCCCCGGGGCAGCCGGGCUGCGGCUCCCGGCCCCGUGAUGCUUGCCCCUGCAGGACCUGAGCACCGGGGCCCAAGGCCCGGGCGCGCCAUGCCGCUGCCACCUGUGCGCCCGCAGGCGCUCUCCAUGCUGCUGCCCCUGCUGCUGUUAGGGGGCCUUUGGGUGGCCGCAGGCUCGCCCAGGACGGACGGGACCCCGCCACCUGCCUUCCGCACCUUCGUGGCCAGCGACUGGGGCCUCACCCACCUGGUGGUGCACGAGCAGACGGGCGAGGUGUACGUGGGCGCGGUGAACCGCAUCUACAAGCUGUCGGGGAACCUGACGCUGCUGCGGGCGCACGUGACGGGCCCCGUGGAGGACAACGAGAAGUGCUACCCGCCGCCCAGCGUGCAGUCGUGCCCGCACGGCCUGGGCAGCACGGACAACGUGAACAAGCUGCUGUUGCUGGACUAUGCCGCCAACCGCUUGCUGGCGUGUGGCAGCGCGUCGCAGGGCAUCUGCCAGUUCCUGCGCCUGGAUGACCUCUUCAAGCUGGGCGAGCCUCACCACCGCAAGGAGCACUACCUGUCGAGCGUGCGCGAGGCGGGCAGCAUGGCCGGGGUGCUGAUCGCGGGGACCCCCGGCCAGGGCCAGGCCAAGCUGUUCGUGGGGACCCCCAUCGACGGCAAAUCGGAGUACUUUCCCACGCUGUCAAGCCGGCGGCUCAUGGCCAACGAGGAGGACGCGGACAUGUUCGGCUUCGUGUACCAGGAUGAGUUCGUGUCCUCGCAGCUCAAGAUCCCUUCGGACACCCUGUCCAAGUUCCCCGCCUUUGACAUCUACUACGUGUACAGCUUCCGCAGCGAGCAGUUCGUGUACUACCUCACCCUGCAGCUGGACACCCAGCUCACGUCCCCCGACGCGGCCGGCGAGCACUUCUUCACCUCCAAGAUCGUGCGCCUGUGCGUCGACGACCCCAAGUUCUACUCCUACGUCGAGUUCCCCAUCGGCUGCCAGCAGGCGGGCAUCGAGUACCGCCUGGUGCAGGACGCCUACCUGAGCCGGCCUGGCCACGCGCUGGCCCGCCAGCUGGGCCUGGCCGACGACGAGGACGUGCUGUUCACCGUGUUCGCCCAGGGCCAGAAGAACCGGGUCAAGCCCCCCAAGGAGUCCGCGCUCUGCCUCUUCACCUUGCGCGCCAUCAAGGAGAAGAUCAAGGAGCGCAUCCAGUCCUGCUACCGCGGGGAGGGCAAGCUCUCGCUGCCCUGGCUGCUCAACAAGGAGCUGGGCUGCAUCAACUCGCCCCUGCAGAUCGACGACGACUUCUGCGGACAGGACUUCAACCAGCCCCUGGGGGGCACGGUCACCAUCGAGGGCACGCCCCUGUUUGUGGACAAGGACGACGGACUGACCGCGGUGGCUGCCUACGACUACCGGGGCCGCACCGUGGUGUUCGCCGGGACGCGCAGCGGCCGCAUCCGCAAGAUCCUGGUGGACCUGGCGAACCCUGGUGGCCGCCCGGCCCUGGCCUACGAGAGCGUGGUGGCCCAAGAGGGCAGUCCCAUCCUGCGCGACCUCGUCCUCAGCCCCAACCGGCAGUACCUCUACGCCAUGACGGAGAAACAGGUGACGCGGGUGCCCGUGGAGAGCUGUGUGCAGUACGCGUCCUGCGAGCUGUGUCUGGGGUCUCGGGACCCGCACUGCGGCUGGUGUGUCCUGCACAGCGUCUGCUCGAGGCAGGACGCGUGUGAGCGGGCGGACGAGCCCCAGCGCUUCGCCUCCGACCUGCUGCAGUGCGUGCAGCUGACCGUGCAGCCGCGCAACGUGUCUGUCACCGUGUCCCAGGUGCCGCUCCUGCUGCAGGCUUGGAAUGUCCCCGACCUCUCGGCCGGGGUCAACUGCUCCUUCGAGGACUUCACGGAGUCCGAGGGCAUCCUGGACGACGGCCGCAUCCACUGUCGCUCGCCCUCCGCCAGGGAGGUGGCGCCCAUCACGCGGGGCCAGGGGGACCAGCGGGUGGUGAAGCUGUACCUCAAGUCCAAGGAGACGGGGAAGAAGUUCGCGUCCGUGGACUUCGUCUUCUACAACUGCAGCGUCCACCAGUCCUGCCUGUCCUGUGUCAACGGCUCCUUCCCCUGCCACUGGUGCAAAUACCGCCAUGUUUGCACACACAACGCCGCCGACUGCGCCUUUCUGGAAGGCCGCGUCAACGUGUCUGAGGACUGCCCGCAGAUCCUGCCCUCCACCCAGAUCUACGUGCCCGUGGGCGUGGUGAAGCCUAUCACCCUGGCGGCUCGGAACCUGCCCCAGCCCCAGUCGGGCCAGCGGGGCUACGAGUGCCUUUUCCACAUCCCGGGCAGCCCGGCCCGUGUCACCGCCCUGCGCUUCAACAGCUCCAGCCUGCAGUGCCAGAAUUCCUCGUACUCCUACGAGGGCAACGACAUCAGCGACCUGCCCGUGAACCUGUCUGUCGUGUGGAAUGGCAACUUUGUCAUCGACAACCCCCAGAACAUCCAGGCCCACCUCUACAAGUGCCCGGCGCUGCGCGAGAGCUGCGGCCUCUGCCUCAAGGCCGACCCGCGCUUCGAGUGUGGCUGGUGCGUGGCCGAGCGCCGCUGCUCCCUGCGACACCACUGCCCCGCUGAUGCGCCCUCGGCCUGGAUGCACGCGCGCCAUGGAAGCAGCCGCUGCGCUGACCCCAAGAUCCUCAAGCUGUCCCCAGAGACGGGCCCCAGGCAGGGAGGGACGCGGCUCACCAUCACCGGGGAGAACCUGGGCCUCCGCUUUGAGGACGUGCGGCUGGGCGUGCGCGUGGGCAAGGUGCUGUGCAGCCCGGUGGAGAGCGAGUACAUCAGCGCCGAGCAGAUCGUCUGUGAGAUCGGGGACGCCAGCACGGUGCGAGCCCACGACGCCCUGGUGGAGGUGUGCGUCAGGGACUGCACCCUCCACUACCGGGCCCUGUCGCCCAAGCGCUUCACCUUUGUGACACCAACCUUCUACCGCGUGAGUCCCUCCCGUGGGCCUCUGUCAGGGGGCACCUGGAUUGGCAUCGAGGGGAGCCACCUGAACGCGGGCAGUGAUGUGGCAGUAUCCAUCGGUGGCCGGCCCUGUUCCUUCUCCUGGAGGAACUCCCGGGAGAUCCGUUGCCUGACACCCCCUGGGCAGAGCCCUGGCAGUGCCCCCGUGGUCAUCAACAUCAACCGCGCCCAGCUGGCCAACCCCGACGUGAAGUACAAUUACACCGAGGACCCCACCAUCCUGAAGAUCGAUCCCGCGUGGAGCAUCAACAGUGGUGGGACCCUCCUGACCGUCACGGGCACCAAUCUGGCCACGGUCCGGGAACCCCGUAUCCGGGCCAAGUAUGGAGGUGUCGAGAGGGAGAAUAGCUGCAUGGUGUACAAUGACACUACCAUGGUGUGCCGGGCGCCAUCCGUGGACAACCCGACGCGCAGCCCCCCGGAGCUGGGGGAGCGGCCGGACGAGCUGGGCUUCGUCAUGGACAACGUGCGCGCGCUGCUGGUGCUCAACUCGUCCACCUUCGUCUACUACCCGGACCCCGUGCUGGAGCCGCUCAGCCCCACGGGCCUCCUGGAGCUGAAGCCCAGCUCCCCGCUCAUCCUCAAGGGCCGGAACCUGCUGCCCCCCGCGCCAGGCAACUCCCGGCUCAACUACACGGUGCUCAUCGGCUCCACGCCCUGCGUCCUCACCGUGUCCGAGACGCAGCUGCUCUGCGAGUCGCCCAACCUCACAGGCCAGCACAAGGUCACGGUGCGGGCCGGCGGCUUCGAGUUCUCCCCUGGGAUGCUGCAGGUGUACUCGGACAGCCUGCUGACGCUGCCCGCCAUCGUGGGCAUCGGCGGGGGCGGGGGCCUGCUGCUGCUGGUCAUCGUGGCCGUGCUCAUCGCCUACAAGCGCAAGUCCCGCGACGCCGACCGCACCCUCAAGCGGCUGCAGCUGCAGAUGGACAACCUGGAGUCCCGCGUGGCCCUGGAGUGCAAGGAGGCCUUCGCAGAGCUGCAGACGGACAUCCAUGAGCUGACCAAUGACCUGGACGGCGCGGGCAUCCCGUUCCUCGACUACCGCACGUACGCCAUGCGGGUGCUCUUCCCGGGCAUCGAGGACCACCCUGUGCUCAAGGAGAUGGAGGUGCAGGCCAACGUGGAGAAGUCGCUGACGCUGUUCGGGCAGCUGCUGACCAAGAAGCACUUCCUGCUGACCUUCAUCCGCACGCUCGAGGCCCAGCGCAGCUUCUCCAUGCGCGACCGCGGGAACGUGGCCUCACUCAUCAUGACGGCCCUGCAGGGCGAGAUGGAGUACGCCACGGGCGUGCUCAAGCAGCUGCUGUCCGACCUCAUCGAGAAGAACCUGGAGAGCAAGAACCACCCCAAGCUGCUGCUGCGCCGGACCGAGUCGGUGGCAGAGAAGAUGCUGACCAACUGGUUCACCUUCCUCUUGUACAAGUUCCUCAAGGAGUGCGCCGGGGAGCCCCUGUUCAUGCUCUACUGCGCCAUCAAGCAGCAGAUGGAGAAGGGCCCCAUCGACGCCAUCACGGGCGAGGCGCGCUACUCCCUGAGCGAGGACAAGCUCAUCCGCCAGCAGAUCGACUACAAGACCCUGACCCUGAACUGCGUGAACCCCGAGAACGAGAACGCGCCCGAGGUGCCCGUGAAGGGGCUCAACUGUGACACGGUGACGCAGGUCAAGGAGAAGCUGCUAGAUGCCGUGUACAAGGGGGUGCCCUACUCCCAGCGGCCCAAGGCUGGGGACAUGGACCUGGAGUGGCGCCAGGGUCGCAUGGCCCGCAUCAUCCUGCAGGACGAGGACGUCACCACCAAGAUCGACAAUGACUGGAAGAGGCUGAACACGCUGGCCCACUACCAGGUGACAGACGGGUCCUCAGUGGCGCUGGUGCCCAAACAGACCUCGGCCUACAACAUCUCCAACUCCUCCACCUUCACCAAGUCCCUCAGCAGAUACGAGAGCAUGCUGCGCACGGCCAGCAGCCCCGACAGCCUGCGCUCGCGCACGCCCAUGAUCACGCCCGACCUGGAGAGCGGCACCAAGCUGUGGCACCUGGUGAAGAACCACGACCACCUGGACCAGCGCGAGGGCGACCGGGGCAGCAAGAUGGUCUCGGAGAUCUACCUGACGCGGCUGCUGGCCACCAAGGGCACGCUGCAGAAGUUCGUGGACGACCUGUUCGAGACCAUCUUCAGCACGGCGCACCGGGGCUCGGCGCUGCCCCUGGCCAUCAAGUACAUGUUCGACUUCCUGGAUGAGCAGGCCGACAGGCACGGCAUUCACGACCCGCACGUGCGCCACACCUGGAAGAGCAACUGCCUGCCCCUGCGCUUCUGGGUGAACGUGAUCAAGAACCCGCAGUUUGUGUUCGACAUCCACAAGAACAGCAUCACGGACGCCUGUCUGUCCGUCGUGGCCCAGACUUUCAUGGACUCCUGCUCCACGUCGGAGCACAAGCUGGGCAAGGACUCGCCCUCCAACAAGCUGCUCUACGCCAAGGACAUCCCCAACUACAAGAGCUGGGUGGAGAGGUACUAUGCCGACAUCGCCAAGAUGCCCGCCAUCAGUGACCAGGACAUGAGCGCGUACCUGGCGGAGCAGUCGCGGCUGCACCUGAGCCAGUUCAACAGCAUGAGCGCCCUGCACGAGAUCUACUCCUACAUCACCAAGUACAAGGACGAGAUCCUGGCGGCCCUGGAGAAGGACGAGCAGGCGCGGCGGCAGCGGCUGCGGAGCAAGCUGGAGCAGGUGGUGGACACGAUGGCCCUGAGCAGCUGAGCCCAGCUGGUGACCGCCGGCAGGAGAGGAGGAGAGGGCUCUGGCGUGGGGACCAGGGGACAGCCCUGGCCCAGCUGCGGAGCGCCGGGGCGCAGUUCCCUCCCUGCUUCCUGGGGCCGCUUUCCUGGGUGUGGAAGUGAC